AUUUAUCUUGUUUUUUGUUUUAAAUUAAUUAAUAAAAAUUAGAUUUUGCUGGAAAAGUUGUUUUCGUUUCGUCCAAGUGUUUAGUAAUUGUUAUUUUCAUUUCUGUUAAUAUACCUACCCACCAAGUCUUUACCCACAUUGCAUUAACAAUCUAUCAGCCAACAAAAAAAAAACACCAAAGAACUCAACAAACACACCGUCAUAAUCAUGAAACCUUUUCAAACUGUUGGUGGUGUCCACGAUUGUAGCAAACUAAUUACCGAAAAUAUUAAUCGCCUGUUUGUGAAUCGUGAACCCUGGCAAGUGGCCACCAUAACAGCCUCAGCUGUUCUAAGUUCCAUUUGGCUAUGGAGUUUUAUUAAUCAAGAUGAAAGCAUUUGGGUUCGUGGCAAACGACAAUUCUUCCGCUACCUCAAAAAAGUACCCGCCGUACGACGAAAAAUCGAAGCAGAAUUGGCCAAGGCAACGGCUGAUUUUGAGAAUGACAUUGCAAAGAGUUGUGAAAAACUCACCUAUUCCCUGGAAUUACCCGAAGAGGGUCUCUCCAAAGAUGAAAUCCUAAAAUUAGUGGAUGAACACUUGAAAUUGGGCCACUAUGAUUGGCGUGAUGGUCGUGUGUCGGGUGCUGUUUAUGGUUAUCAAGAGGAGCUAGUCGAUUUGGUGACACAAGUUUAUGGUAAAGCUUCCUAUACAAAUCCCCUGCAUCCGGAUAUAUUUCCGGGUGUGUGUAAAAUGGAGGCAGAGGUGGUGCGUAUGGCCUGUACUCUGUUUAGUGGUGAUGCUAAAACAUGUGGCACUAUGACCACUGGUGGCACUGAAUCCAUUGUGAUGGCUUGUAAAGCUUAUCGUGAUUAUGGCCGUGAACAUAAAGGCAUUAGCCAGCCUAAUAUGGUGGUGCCCAGAACCAUUCACGCUGCUUUCGAUAAGGCCGGCCAGUAUUUCAAUAUACAUGUAAAUUAUGUAGAUGUUGAUCCCGAAACCUAUGAAGUUGAUAUGAAAGCCUUUAAAAAGGCCAUUAAUUCCAAUACCAUAUUGUUAGCUGGUUCUGCUCCCAAUUUCCCUUAUGGUACUAUGGAUGAUAUUGAAGCUAUUGCUGAUUUAGGUGUUAAAUAUGACAUUCCCGUGCAUGUAGAUGCUUGUUUGGGCAGUUUUGUAGUGGCUUUAGCCAGAGCAGCUGGCUAUAAUACCAAAACAUUUGAUUUUGAGCUGCCGGGAGUAACCAGUAUUUCUGCUGAUACUCAUAAGUACGGCUUUGCCCCUAAAGGCUCUUCGGUUAUUUUAUAUUCCGAAGGCAAAUAUCUCAAUCAUCAAUUCACCGUCACCACUGAUUGGCCUGGUGGUGUUUAUGGUUCCCCCACCAUUAAUGGCUCUCGGGCAGGUGGUAUUAUUGCCGCUUGCUGGGCCACUAUGAUGAAUUUCGGUUAUAGUGGUUAUUUGGAAGCAACUAAACGUAUUUUAGAUACUGCCCGUUAUGUGGAACAAGGCGUACGCAAAAUUGAUGGCAUUUUUGUGUUUGGUAAACCGGCUACAUCUGUGGUGGCUAUGGGUUCAAAUGUUUUCGAUAUUUUCCGUCUGUCAGAUGCCUUAUGUAAAUUGGGCUGGAAUUUGAAUACCUUGCAAUUUCCUUCGGGCAUACACAUUUGUAUUACCGACAUGCACACGAAACCAGGCGUAGCUGAUAAAUUCCUAAACGAUUUACGUUCGGCUGUAGCUGAGAUAAUGAAAGAUCCUGGUGUACCAGUAUCAGGUAAAAUGGCCCUGUAUGGCAUGGCCCAAAGCAUUCCAGAUCGUUCGGUAGUGGGUGAAGUAACACGUUGUUUCCUCAAUUGCAUGUACUAUACACGACCAGCUACUAAAAAAAUCCAUCAGUAAUUUAAAUCAAUUAAAUUGUAUUUAAAUUUUGAAUUAUUAUCUUAUUUAAAUAUAUAUCUAUCUAUGUACGUAAUUUAAACAAUUGUUUUAAAACUGCACUUUAUUUAAGGACUUUUGUUACAAAAAAAAAAAAAAACAUUUCUGAUUAUUUUCUUAGUUUAUCUUUUUUUAUUAUUAACAAAUAUAUAUUUGUAUUCUGUUAUUUUUUAUAUUUAAUACAAUCAACUUUUCUUACUCAAUUAUUGUCUUAAUUAUGACUUAUAAAUUAUUAAUAAAAAUAUGAAAAAAAAUAACAACGUAUGUGAAUGUGAGAAAAAUAAAAA